UCGUGGUGCACAUCAGCGGCACAAAAUUUCUGAGCACUUUUAUCUCCUCGUUGAGGCGCCCAGCUUGCAAAUCAAGCCACCUCUUCCCCCCGCGGGAUUGGCGACCAUUUUUUUCCGGAAAUGGAUAAAACAAAGAUGAAAAUCUCGCCAAAUCUACGUCUCCUCGUUGCUGUCACGAUCGUCGCCGUCGUUCUUAUUUUGGAUCGCAUCCCACCCGCGGAAGGGCUGAAAUGUUUCAUGUGUACGGGACAUCCGUUUAAUGAGAGUGGAAUAACGACCGCGAAGGAGGAUCCGGCUGGGAGGCAGCAGGAGCCCGACCCCGAAGAGAAAGAGGAACAGCUUAAGACAGCCAUGAAGUGCACAGAUUUGACCGAAUCCACGAAAAAAGACGAAACAAACGUGGACUAUUAUAAACCAGAAUGGAAAGAUCCAUAUUGCAUCACGCACGACCGGUACGGCAGAUACUGCACCACGGACAAUGUCAACGCGACGGGGCCGGAAAACUACGUCGCGAUCUGUCAGCCCGGUCGCGGCAACGAGACCUGCAUCUGUAACAACGACGACUUUUGCAACGAUCACUACAUGGCGGCAACGACCAGACCGAAAAACGGGGCGAACGGCAUGUCGACCAAGUUUCGCCUCGUCGUCGUCACGUGGCUCGUCACGUGUUUCGUCUACUUUGGCGCCAGUGGUGGUGGGGGCUUCUGAAUCAAGGCGGUAAUCUACGUGAUGCCGUUAUCUAAGGAACGAUAUCAUAUCUGGAAACGAUUUAUUUUUUUAAGAAAAGCUAUAAACAAUUUUUUAUAGAAAAGAUGUAAAAGUCUAAUUGUGUACAAAAAUGUAUAGAUAAUUAACGCACAUAAUUGGCUAAAUUAUUCAAAUAAAUUGUAACGUC